AUGGCGGAUUUCAGAGGUGAGGAACAGGAUCAUGACAUGGUGUCCGCCCCUUCCUGCUCUCCACCAGCACCCAAUGUGCCAGAAAAGAUGCAUGAGCAGCACAAGCAGCCUAUCGUUUCCCAGGGUAAAGGUAUAGUCAUCCAAUUAACUUCUCCAGCAAGAAGUGGGGACUGGGAGAGUUCAGAAGGAAAUGAACUGAUCUGUUCGAUGGCUAUCGAGGAUGACGGAAUAACUACGACAGUGGAUAAGGAAGAGAAUGUUCCCUAUCCUGAGGAAUGCUUAAACUUACCAGCUUCAUCCCUGCCUUCCUCCCCUUCUAUUUCUGGAUUUUUAGGUGAAUUCUUUUUACCAACAGUGUCCUCCUCUUUAUCAUCUUCAGUAAACUCCUGUAGCUCUUCAGAAACAAUGCCUUUGAUUAGCCUAGUUAAAUCCCUGUCCACAGAAAUUGAAUCCAGAGAAACAUCUUCCCUGCGGCCAAAGCCAUUGUUAAACCUGGUUAAGUCUAUCUCCACUGAAAUUUCACGCCAUGAGCCUGAAGUUACACAGUCAAAAUCAGACUCCAAGCUAAACCUGUACCUUUGGCGCCAAUUCACUCAGACCAAGGGAAGAAAUGGAGAUUCCAAAACAGCUCCACCUUCACCACUGCUUUCACCCACAGAGAGCAAAAUUAGUUUCUUCAAAGUUCCUGAAGUAGAAGCCAAGCUGGAAGACACAAAAAGAAAGUUCUCAGAGGCUAUACAAGAACCACUGAAUAUGCUAAGCAAGAUAAUUGGAGAUGAAAGUAGUGGAAGCCCCAAAUCUAAGGCAUCACAGUUAAAUACUUGUAGCACUGAUUCCUUCUGUCCCCCUGGGUCUGAAGACUGCAGCAAUGAUAUGUGUAGUAAAAACAAAAGGUCUGGGUUUGAUAAGUUCAGAAUGGAAAUACUUAAAUCAGAAAAGAGAGAGAGUGAUAGACUAUCUAACACAGAGACUUCUCCUGGAAGACAUGCAAAAGGAAAGCAGAAGAAACAAUGUCUGUCCUUUACACAAGGUUAUGGGGACAACAACAGCCCAAGGUAUGAGAUCUGUUCGCAUGGAGAUGUGCUGCAGGUUGUAGAAACAGAGCCCAAUGAAGACAGCAUAUUGUACAGACAAGAAGCCAUGUACUCCUACUCCAGUCGAGCCUUGACCCCACCACAACCUUCUCCAAAAGUGCCAAGUAAAACUCUUAUGUGUUUUGUCACUCUUGCCUAUAGCUAUUUUGUAUUACCAUUGCCAUCAUUCUUCUCUGGACUCUGCCUCGGACUUGCCUGUGGAUUUCUGAUGGGCCUGCUAAUCAUCUCACUGCAGACACCGAAGUUCUCACAACCCAUCCAUGUAAUCCACCUGGGUAAUGAAAAUCUGCAAUCGGAUAACAUAAUUAGGGAACCCAAGGAUCCUGAAAUUGUGAAGGGCUGGAUGAAUGAAAUCUAUAACUAUGACCCUGAGACCUACCAUCCAUCACUGACCUUUUCAGUCUAUGUAACACUAGAGGGUACUGCACUGAAACUCUCAUACCCACGGAGCAACAUCUCCCGGCGUGCAACCUUUGAUGAAGGCAGACAUGAUGUGGUAUUCAUCAGCCAUCGAUCCUGUGACCUAGCUGACAGCAAGGUUUUUCUUGUCCCACCAGGCCUAGCAAAGAAAAGGAUGUGGAAUAAGAAGUAUCCCAUCUGUAUUUUCCUCAGAGAGACUGCAACCCACAAGUUCAAAUACUUGGGAGACAGAGAGUUGAAGACAGACAUGGACACUGAAGAGCAAAGGGAGAGGUCAGAAAUCACAAAACAAGCCCCGACACCAGAGGUCCUCCUCAAACAUCCUGUGGAAGGUGGGGAAAAUGCACUCUUUCUUUUUGGAAGAACAGGAAGGGAAAAAGAAGAAUGGUUUAGAUAUUUCCUGCUGGCUUCCAGAAUGCAGUCAGAGGACACACAGAACCUCAGCAGAGAUGGAGGAAAAGCUGAUCUUACACAGAAUCCUGGCUCCAGCCCACUGGGGAGAUUGGUUUACAGCAACAGCAGCAGCAGAGACAGUUCAGAAGACCUGUCUUCUCUUUUUAAAACCAAGGACUUGGCUGGUAACAUCAGGCAAAAGAUUCAGCUGGAUUACAACACAUACAUGUCGAAGUUCACUGUCUCUGACAACUCCAGCCCUUUGCUGAGCCCUGAACAUAGCACCACCAGCAGCCCCACCAAAAACCAGGUGCCUGGUGAUGCUCGAGUCAAUGCGGAAGCCCAAGUGUCCUGGAUAAAUGCAGUGACUGGCCGGAUCUUCUGGGACUUCUUAAGGGAAAAGUACUGGGCGGAUCAAGUUGCUUGCAAAGUUCAGAAGAAGCUGAGCAAAAUUAGGCUGCCAUACUUUAUGAAUGAGCUCACACUCACUGAAUUGGACAUGGGGACAUUGCUACCUGUGGUCAUCCGUGCUUCCAGCCCAUCUGUCAAUCAAAAAGGGCUGUGGGUCGAUUUGGAGAUUGCGUACAAUGGGGCAUUGCAGAUGACACUGGAAACCAAAAUGAACCUGUACAAGUUGGGGAAAGAGUCAGCACCAGAGGGGGUCAGACUGACUGACACAAGGGCAGAGGGGUGUAAGCACCGGACAUUUGUGCUGGCAGACAGCGAUGAGGAAUCUUCAAGUGCUGGAUCUUCAGAUGAAGAGGAAGUGCCUUCAGCAGAACCACAGCAAGGGAUGAUUGGCGAGAAACUUGGUCUAACUGGUGCAGAGGGGUUUGCUGCAGGAGGCAGCACCAGCAGAAAGAUUCUUCGGUUUGUGGAUAAGAUUGCCAAAUCAAAAUACUUUCAAAAAGCCACAGAGAAUGAGUUCAUCAAGAAGAAAAUAGAGGAAGUGUCAAACACUCCACUACUACUGACCGUAGAGGUUCAGGAGCUAGCAGGAGUGCUGGCUGUCAACAUUCCACCUCCUCCUACUGACCGAAUAUGGUACAGCUUCCGGACUCCUCCUCGACUUGAAUUUAAGGUACGACCCAAGCUGGGUGAACGGGAAGUAACCUUCACGCAUGUGACUGAGUGGAUUGAGAAGAAAUUGCAGCAUGAGUUUCAGAAAGUUUUUGUGAUGCCAAAUAUGGACGAUGUCUAUAUUCCCAUCAUGCACUCUGGCCUCAAUAAACCAGACCAGUCCAAGCAAUCUCCAGGGGAAGUCACUGCAGAAGCAUCCUUUGAUUCUACAGACAGAUUCUAA